AUGUUCGGCAGUCCUGUUGCGGGGCGCAUCUGCUCCAUCGAGGGAAACAACGUAUGCGCGGAUUGCGGCGGCCGUUCACCUCGCUGGGCGAGCGUUAACCUCGGCGUACUGUUGUGUAUAAACUGCUCCGGCGUCCACCGCAUGCUCGGAGUGCACGUGUCUCAAGUGAAAUCGCUCACCUUGGACAACCUGAAGCCUGAAUGGAUCAAGACCUCGCAGGUUCUCACCAAUGUCGGCAACGAAGUUGCUAAUAGCUACUACCUGCACAAGCUUCCAUCACACGCUCCUAGGCCUCAUGCAAGCACUUCCGCCAGGGACAUGGAGAUAUGGAUCCGCAACAAAUAUGAGCGCAAGAUAUACGCAAUGGACGGUGUAGAGGAACCUUACCUCCUUCUUGCCAAAGGUUACAACCCGCGAGAAAUAAUAGCCAAGGGCGCCUUGGGACCUGCCGCUCGCCCACAGUCUCAACCUGCUACACAGGAGCCCGCCAAUAGGGCCAUGGGAGGUAGAGGAGCAGGUUUUGGUGGCCCUGAAGUUCCUAUGCGCUCUUCGGUACCUGAGGACCUGUUCGGUAAUGCCAAUGCGCAUGGGAACACCGCCUUCCAGGAUUCGUCCCCGCAGGCCAACUGGUCUGGUGACUUUUGGCCCACUGCCUCGCCAAAUGGAGGCGGAAAGGCGUCGUUCGAUAAUGACCUAGUCCACACCGUGCCCUCUAGCGUCAGCUUCGACUGCAACAAAGUUACGGAAACCAAAAUCGAGGCUGCAAAAGACUCCAUAUCUAAAUUGUUCGACAACCCAAGCCAAAUCGGGUUCAAAAACUCCUCCUACGAGCAAAAGACCCCUAACUGUGUCCAAGGUGACCUUUUCGACUUCAACUUCAGCGAUCUUGGCAACAAGCUCCAAUCGCAGCAGAAGCAGAAUGACGACUUAAUAUGA